AUGGACGGGAUGCAGGCGUACGGAGCCGGGAAGGCUGGAGGAGACUUCGACCCCGUCACCUUCUUCCAGCAGCCGCACGCCAUUCUACGCAUCGUCAACUGGCUCUUCUCCUUGGUGAUCUUCGGCUGCAUUGCAAACGAGGGCUACACCAACAAGCCCUCGGAGGAGCGUGAGUUCUGCAUCUUCAACCAGAACGCCAGCGCCUGCUCCUACGCCGUCUUCAUGGGCUUCAUGUGUCUGCUGAGUGCCUCUGCUCUGCUGGCCCUGGAUGUGCGCUUCUCCCAGAUCAGCAGCGUCAAGAAUAGGAAGAAGGCCGUGCUGGGAGACCUGGGCCUGUCAGCGUUCUGGGCCUUCAUGUGGUUCGUGGGCUUUUGUCUCCUGGCAAAUCAGUGGCAGAACAGCCGCCCCGAGGACAACCCCCUGAAGGAGGGCGGGGACGCAGCCCGAGCUGCCAUCACCUUCUCCUUCUUCUCCAUCUUCACCUGGGGCGUGCAGUCCUUCCUGGCCUUCCAGAGGUACAAGCUGGGGGCAGACUCAGCCAUCUUCUCCCAGGACUACGCCGAGCCGGGCCAGGACGCAGGCCAGGGCCCCUACAGUGCUUUCCCCGGAGACACCGUGGACAGCCCACCAGGGGGCCCUGCUGACGGGACAGGGGACAGCCCUGUGGGGUACCAGAGACAAGAGUACUGA